ACUCCUCUCCCAUUCAGCAAACACACCUCACUAACAAAGGACCUGCCUCCAUCAGAGAAGGAGACAAACAACCUACAAGCUUACGUCACUGCCAGAGAGGAAUUUCACUCUACCAAGUUUCAAGGCCUUUCAAGUCCAAGAGUUUUAUUUGAAGAAGAACAUCAGCUCUCCGCGAUGGUGUCUACUGGGCUACAAAUCCUGGGCGCAGCUCUGGGGAUCCUGGGCUGGAUUGGCGCCAUCAUCGUGUGUGCCCUUCCCAUGUGGAAGGUCAGUGCUUUCAUCGGCAGCAACAUUGUGACCUCGCAGACCACAUGGGAAGGCAUUUGGAUGAACUGCGUGCACCAGAGCACGGGCCAGAUGCAGUGUAAGGUCUACGACUCCAUGCUGGCCCUCAGCUCUGACAUCCAGGCCGCCCGGGCCCUGACCAUCAUCUCCAUCGUGGUGGGCAUCCUGGCUAUCCUGCUCGCCCUAGCCGGGGGACAGUGCACCAACUGUGUCGAGGAUAAGACGUCCAAGACCAAGGUGGCCAUUGCAGCUGGAGUUAUGUUCAUCUUGGCCGGGAUCCUCUGCCUCGUCCCCGUCUGCUGGGCGGCCAGCACCAUCAUCCGAGACUUCUACAACCCGCUGUUGGUCAGCGGCCAGAAGAGAGAGUUGGGCGCUGCACUCUACAUCGGUUGGGGGGCGGCCGCCUUGAUGCUCAUCGGAGGAGGGAUGCUCUGCUUUAACUGCCCCCCUAAAGAUGAAGAUUCCUACACUGCGAGGUACAAAGCUGCCAGAUCUGAUGCCUCAGCACCAGUCUCCGGGAAAGACUACGUCUGAAACAGAUCUAGAAGUCAGUAAAGAGCUUCCACAAAGCCACGUUUACUGGGACAGAUGCACUGGUGCUACUGGGUUGUGAGUGUUGAUAUUUCAGGAAGUUGCUUGAGCAAAAAGUAAUCCUGAGUUUUACUCCUCGUGAGUGUUUUAAAGGAAAUAAACAGCAGGAAAGGAACCACACCCAAAGAGGAAAUUCAAUUUUAUAUGUUAACAGAGUUAUUUGUAUAUGUAUGGAUGUCAUAUGUAAGUCUUUUUUGAGAAUUUCUGUAAUCUCAUUUGCUGUUUGUGGGUUGUUUUUGUAAACCAUGUGUGUGAGAUUCAUGAGUUAAACUGUAAAUAAAUAUUUUGUCUACAAAUCAGA